AUGUCCUCACGAGAGUUAGAACUAGAACUCAAAAAGGAGCAGGAACCUCCAAUCACUACUGUUGUCGAAGACGGUUUCAGUUCUGGCAGCAGUUCUCUUGCCGAAGACAAGACCUUUAUUCGGGUCGCUGGAGAGGAAUCAUAUAUUCCCAUCGACAAGUAUGAAGGGCGACAUCGCUGGGAUCCCCAAUUCGAGUGGGAUCCGGCCGAGGAGAAAAAGAUUGUGCGAAAAAUCGAUAUGAGAAUUUGUACCUGGGUCUGCCUCGCCUUUUUCGCCUUGCAGUUGGACCGGGCAAACAUCGUGCAAGCCUUGACGGACAACAUGCUCGACGACCUCCGCCUUAACACAAAUGACUACAACUACGGACAAACCAUCUUCUAUUUGUGUUUUCUCUCUGCGGAACUGCCUUCGCAGUUGAUAUCGAAAAAGCUGGGACCUGAUCGAUGGAUUCCCAUCCAAAUGAUCUGCUGGAGUCUCGUGGCAAGCUUCCAGGCCUUUCUCAGUGGGAGAUCUUCCUUCUAUGCCUGUCGAGCAUUGCUGGGCUUGAUUGAGGGCGGCUUCAUUCCCGACACGAUCCUCUACCUAUCCUAUUGGUACAAAGGCAGAGAACUCCCGGCUCGACUCGCGUGGUUCUGGACAUCAUACCAAGCAACUAGCAUCGUCGGUGCGUUUCUGGCGGCCGCUAUCCUCACCAUGCGUGGUGUGAAUGGGAUGGCUGGAUGGCGCUGGCUGUUCGCCAUUGAAGGCACCCUGACCGGCCUCAUCGGGAUCGCCACGUACUUCUACAUGCCCCCUUCGCCGUGCCAGACGGCCUCUCGAUUCCGUGGCAAGGACGGCUGGUUCGGCGAACGCGAAGAGAAGAUCAUGGUCAAUCGCAUCCUCCGCGACGACCCGUCCAAAGGCGAUAUGCACAACCGACAAGCCGUGACACCCAAGCUCCUUUACUACGCCCUGUUGGACUGGGAGAUGUGGCCCAUCUACAUGAUCGGCCUCUCCUUCCUGAUCCCCAAUUACCCCGUGACACAAUACUUGUCUCUGAUCCUCAAGCAGUCCUUUGGCCGUUUCGAAGUCAACAUGCUCACGAUCCCAUCCUAUGUGCUUUUCAUCAUCAACCUGCUUUUCUGGACCUGGGUGUCCGAGAAAACCAACCAGCGCUUCCUCACCGGCCUCGUCAGCCAGAUCUGGGCUAUGCCUCUCCUUAUUGCCUCGGAGUUCCUGCCCGGCGACGCAUCGCGAUGGGUCAAGUACGCUCUAGCGACUUUGCUCGUGGGCACACCAUAUGUGCAUGCUAUCCAUGUCGCUAUCACAAGUCGAAAUGCCGGUUCUGUUCGCACUCGCACCGUUGCGUCGGCGCUGUACAACAUGUUUGUCCAAGCGAGUAAUAUUAUCGGCUCCAAUAUCUUCAGAAACGACGAUAAACCUCUCUACCGACGCGGGUACAGGGUACUCAUCGCCAUCUGCGCUUAUAACAUGGUCCUUUUCCUCUUUGCCAAAUGGUUCUACGUGUGGAGAAACAAGUGA